AUGCACUGCAUAAGUCCACUCCUGCUCCUGGCUCUGCUGCUCUGCUACUCGGCAACACUGGUCAGUGGCUCUCGAAAGGGCGCCCACCAGCUGCACUUUAUCAAGGAGCCCGAAUCUCAGCUCUCCCGUGCUGAUGGCAGUCGCAUCAACUUUAUCUGCAAUGCCCACCCGCCAGAGGCGACCAUCAAGUGGCUGAGAAAUGGCUCCAUCAUUAAGAAUGAUGACUACGAGUGGAUCAAGGUGAAUGGCAACAAGCUGAUACUGCAGGUGACCAAGUCAUUUCACGGUAGCAGCCCUCACAACCACUCUCACUCUGUGGCUUCAUCAAAUGAAGUUUAUCAGUGUCUGGCUGAGCUAGGCAAUUUGAGGAUUGUCAGUCAACCAGCUAAGCUGAUCAUCGGAGAGCUGAACGCUUUUGAGUCUCCGGAAAACAGCCAGGAUAAGACGUUGACUGUCAUUGCCGGCAACACUGCAGUAGUGCCAUGCGACCUGCCGCCAGGUGUUCCAUUUGUCAUUUCAGAGUUUGAAUUCGGCAACAUGACAAUUGCCACCAGUUAUGAUCGAUAUCGACUCGUCCCAUCUGGAAGUUUGCAAAUUUUCCAUGCCAAACCAAUCGAUUCAGGCGCCUACCGUUGCGUAGCAAAUAAUCCCUACCUCGCAGAAAAGGUGUAUGCUCAUCACUUUGUGAACCUUAAGGUGAUUCGCCACCGACAUAUACCAGCAUCAGAACGCAACAAAAUCAGCUGGGAAGUCACUCCUAAGAAAGUCACCAGCAGCAUUCUCGGCCAGAAUAUCACCAUUGAAUGCGUCGCCAAGGGUCAUCCGAAUCCAAAGAUAUACUGGGAGCGACUCAAUGGGCAGCUGGACAAGGAGCGAAAUCACAUUGACGGCGGUAACUUGCACAUUACCACACUAGGGAAGUCGGACGAAGGAACGUACGUUUGCGUGGCCUCAAAUGGAAAACACACUCUGCGAGCGGAAACGAAUCUCGAGGUCUCUGAAAUACCGCAAAUCGUCAACAGCGAGCCUUACGAAGUGCUGGACGUUGAUGAAGGCCACGACCUGGAGCUGUUUUGCGAAGCGAAGGGUUUUCCGCGCCCAUUCAUCACAUGGCUUCACAAUGGCUACAUCAUCAACAACGGUCAAGGGCCACAGAAUAUGUUUGCCUUUAAAAACGACGACACAGUGUUAAUGAUCCGCAACGCCAAUGCCAAUCACAGUGGCAUUCUCCAGUGCUUCAUGACGAACCAGCUGGGCUCAACAUAUUCAAUCAAAUUGGUCAAUCAUCGCGGCAGUCAAUCAGAACAGAUGCCGAGCAGAGAGGACAAUGAGGAUUUAUUUUUAAACGCCGACGAUGAUGGCGAAGCGGGAGGCACUUUUGAGAUUCGUAACGGCAAUCAUAACGGUUUCGAUACAACGCUGGCGAAUCGAGCCAAAAAGCGCAAACACAAGAACAUGAAAUUGAUUCCACCGAAUAAUCCCGUG